AAGGCCUGGGUGUUCUCCACAGUCUUCCUGCCUACUUCUGGAAUCAGACGCCAUGCAUCCAGAUCUUGGACCCUUAUGGACACUGCUGUAUGUUAUUCUUUUGAUUCUGUGUUCUUCUGUGAGUUCAGACUUGGCACCUUAUUUUAUUUCUGAGCCUCUCUCUGAGGUCCAGAAGUUUGGUAGACCUGUGGUACUACAUUGUUCUGCUAAACCCGUGACUGCUCACAUCUCAUGGUUGCAUAAUGGAAAACAUUUGGAUAGAAACAUGGAACAGAUUAAGAUUCACCAGGGGACAUUGACAAUCCUUUCUCUCAACCCCUCCCUUUCGGGUUACUACCAGUGCAUUGCCAACAAUAGCAUCGGUGCAGUUCUAAGUGGCCCUGCAACAAUAUCCCCUGCAGUUCUUGGUGACUUUGAUUCUUCAACAAAGCAUGUUAUUACAGCAGAAGAAAAAAGCACUGGUUUCGUUGGCUGCAGAGUACCAGAGAGUAAUCCUAAAGCUGAAGUGCGCUAUAAAAUCCGGGGGAAAUGGCUGAAACAUUCCACAGGGAAUUACAUAAUUCUUCCAUCAGGAAAUCUUCAAAUUUUGAAUGUAUCCUCAGAGGACAAGGGAUCAUACAAAUGUGCAGUUUAUAAUCCUGUCACCCAUGAAUUAAAAGUUGAACCCAUUGGCCAAAAGCUCCUUGUGAGUCGCCCUGCCUUGGAUGGGUUUCACAUUCUUCACCCUACCCUUCCACAGGCAUUGGCUGUCCUUUCUCAUAGCUCUGUAACCCUGGAGUGUGUGGUGAGUGGGGUCCCAGCCUCACAAGUGUAUUGGCUGAAGGAUGGGCAGGAUGCUGUGCCGGGAAGCAACUGGAGAAGGUUACAUUCACAUCUUGCCACUGCUAGCAUUGAUCCAGCAGACUCUGGAAACUAUUCCUGUGUGGUGGGCAACAAAUCUGGCGACGUAAAACAUGUCACUUAUGUGGUUAAUGUACUCGAACAUGCUUCAAUUUCUAAGGGACUGGAAGAUCAGAAAGUAUCUCUGGGUGCCACAGUACUUUUCACUUGUGAUGUUCGUGGGAACCCAGCACCUAACCGUACCUGGUUUCAUAAUGCACAGCCUAUUCGUCCUUCCCCACGACAUUUAACUGCAGGAAAUGGACUGAAAAUUACUGGGGUUACAAUGGAAGACUCUGGACUGUAUCAGUGUGUGGCAGAUAAUGGGAUUGGAUUUAUGCAGUCCACUGGAAGACUUCAAGUUGAAAAAGACAGUGGAUUUAAGCCAGUUAUAAUUACUGCACCAGCAAGUGCCAGAGUGGUAGAUGGAGACUUUGUGACUUUGUCCUGCAAUGCCACUGGAGUGCCAGUUCCAGUCAUUCGUUGGUAUGGCUCCCACGGAUUGAUAACCAGCCAUCCAUCUCAAGUCCUUAGGUCCAAAUCUCGAAAGUCACACUUAUUAAGACCUGGAGCCCUUGACCCAGUGCCUGUCUACUUCAUCAUGUCCCGAGCUGGCUCAAGCUCGCUCUCUAUUCAGGCUGUUACUCAGGAGCAUGCUGGGAAAUAUAUCUGCGAAGCUACAAAUGAUCAUGGCACCACACAGUCAGAGGCAUUUCUUACAGUUGUUCCUUUUGAAACAAAUACAAAAGCAGAAACAGUCACACCUUCUGAUGCUACCCAGAAUGAUGAAAGAGACCAAAGAGAUGGUUCAGACUCUGGCUUAUUGAGCUCAAUUCCAAUGAAAAUAUAUCCCAGUGGAGUGGAAUCAUUAUCAGAGAAGAAUGCCAGUGGCACCUCCGCCCCUGAUGCCCCCAUCAUCCUGAGCCCCCCACAAACCCAUACACCAGACACAUACAACCUGGUUUGGAGGGCAGGAAAAGAUGGCGGACUGCCCAUCAAUGCCUAUUUUGUGAAAUAUCGAAAGCUGGACGAUGGUGCUGGUAUCGUGGGAAGCUGGCACACAGUUCGAGUCCCAGGAAGUGAAAAUGAGCUGCAUUUAACUGAACUGGAGCCAUCUAGUCUUUAUGAAGUUUUGAUGGUGGCAAGAAGUGCUGCAGGUGAGGGUCAGCCAGCCAUGCUCACCUUCCGAACCAGCAAAGAAAAAACAGCAUCAUCAAAAAAUUCCCAGGCCUCUUCUCCACCCGUGGGCAUCCCUAAGCAUCCUGUGGUUUCAGAGGCAGCAAACAACAAUUUUGGAGUGGUGCUUACAGAUUCCGCCAGGCAUAGUGGAGUUCCAGAGGCUCCAGAUCGGCCUACCAUCUCCACUGCAUCAGAGACCUCUGUGUAUGUCACUUGGAUUCCCCGGGCGAAUGGUGGGUCUCCAAUUACUGCGUUCAAGGUGGAAUAUAAGAGGAUGAGGACUAGCGAUUGGCUGGUGGCAGCUGAAGAUAUCCCUCCCUCCAAACUUUCUGUGGAAGUUCGUAGUUUAGAACCAGGUUCAACGUACAAAUUUAGGGUCAUUGCCAUCAACCAUUAUGGUGAGAGUUUUCGAAGUUCGGCUUCUCGUCCCUAUCAGGUGGCUGGAUUCCCCAAACGUUUUUCCAAUCGACCGAUAACUGGACCUCAUAUCGCCUACACAGAGGCUGUUAGUGACACACAGAUCAUGCUAAAGUGGACGUACAUUCCAUCAAGUAACAAUAACACUCCCAUUCAAGGAUUUUAUAUCUAUUACCGACCAACAGAUAGUGACAAUGACAGUGACUAUAAGAGGGACGUUGUAGAAGGUUCAAAGCAGUGGCACAUGAUUGGUCACCUCCAGCCAGAAACCUCCUAUGAUAUUAAAAUGCAAUGCUUUAAUGAAGGAGGAGAGAGUGAGUUUAGCAAUGUGAUGAUCUGUGAGACUAAAGUGAGACGUGUCCCUGGAGCUUCUGAGUAUCCUGUCAAAGACCUGAGUACUCCUCCAAAUUCUUCAGGAAGUGGAGGAAAUGCUGGGCCUGCAACCAGCCCUGCCAGAAGCAGUGAUAUGUUAUACCUCAUUGUUGGCUGUGUGCUUGGUGUCAUGGUCCUCAUUCUUAUGGUUUUCAUUGCAAUGUGCCUAUGGAAGAGUCGCCAACAGAAUGCCAUACAGAAAUACGACCCACCAGGAUAUCUCUACCAAGGGUCAGAUAUUAAUGGGCAGAUGGUGGAAUUUACCACUGUCUCUGGAGCAAACCGAAUAAAUGGAAAUGUCCAUGGUGGCUUCCUGAGCAAUGGCAGCCUCAGCAAUGGCUGCUCUCACCUCCACCAUAAGGUUCCUAACGGAGUCAAUGGAAUUGUGAAUGGGAGCCUAAAUGGGGGAAUUUACUCUGGGCACACAAACUCUCUAACCAGGACACGGGUGGAGUUUGAACAUCCUCGUCAUCUACUGAAUGGUGGUGGAAUGUACACAGCAGUCCCCCAGGUUGACCCUCUGGAGUGCAUUAACUGUCGGAAUUGUCGAAACAACAAUAGGUGUUUCACCAAAACCAACAGCACUUUUAGCAGCAGCACCCUUCCCUUGGUCCCAGUGAUAGCACCUUAUCCUCAGGAUGGCUUGGAAAUGAAGCCCCUUAAUGCCAUGAAGAUGCCUGUGUGCCUGGCUUCCACAGUCCCUGACUGUGGCCAGUUACCUGAGGAGAGCAUCAAGGACAGGCUGGCACCCCUACCUACCCAGCAUAUCUGCUGUCAGGACAAUAUAAAUGGCAUCAAUUCCGAAUCUACAGAAGACACAACAGAGUUUAACAGAGGAGAGAGCUGUGGCCAUUCAGAAACAGAAAACAAAAUUUUAAGUUGGAAACCUCUGAUUUUGCCACCUGUUUCAGAGGACUGUACUGAGAAGACUACGUGGUCUCCCCCUGGCAUUCCGUCAGAGAGCUCAUCAGGGGUCCUUCAGCAACCCCAGGAAACCUGAGGAUGUGCAAAUACAUAGCCAGGUUCCCACCUCAAGCCAGUAACUGCACAGAACAGGCCUGGGAAUGACCUGUGUGAAGGACAUUAGUUCAAAUCACAGAAAAUCAUUAUUUAUUUUUUUGUAGUAAUGUCAUAUGAAUGUAUCUUAAAAUGUGUGUCCUUUUAUAUUAUUUAUGCCUGAAAAAUGCCUUUCCCUAUUCCUUCCUUCCCCCUCUGUAGGAAAUGGCCUUUUACAUAGUUUUCAAUCAUCUGGAG